AUGGAGAACUUCAUCACCGGAUACCCGGGCCACGAGUCCCAGCACCGCGCCUCGAUGACAAAAGUCCUUGGGAGAGAAAAGGCCGACUUCUUCUUCGACAAGUGGCUGGAAUACCACUUCACCGAGGCCGACGCGCGCUUCUUCGCCAGCCUCAAUCUGAACUGUCUCCGGCUACCGUUCAACUACCGACAUCUCGAGGACGACAUGAAUCCGCGGGUGCUGAAGGAGUCGGGGUUCAAGCAUCUCGACAGGGUGAUUGAUCUGUGUGCAAAACACCAGAUCUACACGAUCCUCGACAUGCACACCGCGCCCGGCGGCCAGAACCCGGACUGGCACUCGGACAACCCGACCAACUACGCCGCCUUCUGGGAGUACAAGGACCACCAGGACCGGACGGUUUGGCUGUGGCAGGAGAUUGCGAAGCGGUACAGGGACAACACCUGGGUGGCCGGGUACAAUCCGCUCAACGAGCCCUGCGACCCCGAACACGUCCGCCUCCCGGCAUUCUACGCGCGCAUCGAAGCGGCCAUCCGCGCCGUCGACAGUCACCACAUCUUGUGGUUGGACGGCAACACCUUUUCCAUGGAGUGGAAGGGCUUCAAAGAGGUCUUGCCGAAUUGUGUAUACGCUUUACAUGACUAUUCGAUGAUGGGCUUCCCUACUGGCGAGCGCUACAAGGGCACCGAAGACCAGAAGGGCAAGCUCGAGAGACAGUUCCUCCGGAAAGCCGAGUUCAUGCUGGAACACAAAUGUCCUAUCUGGAAUGGGGAGUUCGGCCCUGUAUACGCUGACCCGGCCGAAGACAAAGACGCAGAAGGAAUCAAUCAGGAUCGGUACAAUAUGCUUGGCCAACAGCUAAAGGUCUACGACAAGUAUAAGAUCAGUUGGAGCAUCUGGCUAUACAAGGACAUUGGCGUUCAAGGCAUGGUCCACACGAACCGGGACUCAAAAUGGAACCGUACCAUACAGCCCUUCCUGGACAAGAAAAAGAGAUAUAGGUUGGAUGCAUGGGGGGUCCAUCACUCGCCCGAGGCGGAAGCAGCUUUGGAUCCCCUUGUGGAGUGGAUUGACAAGAUCUGUCCGACGGCGAAGGACGCCUAUCCAGGUCCGUGGCAGACGGAGAGGCACGUCAUGCGCGCCGUCAUUCAGACCUGGUUGAGUGCUCAAUUCUCGGACGAGUUUGCCAAACAGUUCGCGGGGAUGGAUUUCAAAGAGUUGGACGAACUGGCGCAUAGUUUCCACUUUGACGAAUGUGUCCAGCGAGAAGGUCUGAACAAGAUUUUGAGCGAGCACGCUGCUCAGUGA